CCUGUGCAGCCGUCCGGGCGGCGCUGGGAUAGAGAUGGAGACACCCGGCUCGGGGACUCGGGACUUGUCGCUCCCGGCUACGUCCGGGCGGCCGAGGAAGCGCGGGGCGAGCGAGUUGGGGGCUGCGUCCAGCAAGCCUCGGGUCCUGGACGAGGAAGAGUUUAUCGAGGGUCUGCAGAAGGUCAUUCAGAGGGAUUUCUUUCCCGAUGUGGAGAAGCUGCAGGCGCAGAAGGAGUACCUGGAGGCCGAGGAGAGCGGCGAUCUGGAACGCAUGCGUCAGAUUGCCAUCAAGUUUGGCUCCGCCCUGGGCAAGAUGUCCCGAGAGCCUGCGCCUUAUGUGACCCCAGCUACAUUUGAAACCCCUGAGGUGCACACAGGCCCAGCUGUGGUAGGCAACAAGCUCAGGCCCCGAGGCCGAGGCCUGGAGGAUGCAGGGGAGGCUGCCGAGGAGGAGGAGAAGGAGCCACUGCCCAGCCUGGACGUCUUCCUGAGCCGCUACACCAGCGAGGACAAUGCCUCCUUCCAGGACAUCAUGGAGGUGGCCAAGGAAAAGAACCGAGCCCGACAUGCCUGGCUGUACCAGGCCGAGGAAGAAUUCGAGAAGAGACAGAAAGAUAACCUUGCGCUCCCGUCGGCAGAGCACCAAGCCAUCGAGAGCAGCCAGGCUGGCGUGGAGACCUGGAAGUACAAGGCCAAGAACUCCCUCAUGUACUACCCUGAGGGUGUCCCUGAUGAAGAGCAGCUGUUUAAGAAGCCCCGGCAGGUGGUGCAUAAGAACACGCGCUUCCUCCGGGACCCCUUCAGCCAGGCCCUGAGCCGGUCCCAGCUGCAGCAGGCAGCCGCCCUCAACGCCCAGCACAAACAGGGCAAGGUGGGCCCUGAUGGCAAGGAGCUGAUCCCCCAGGAGUCCCCCCGCGUGGGUGGCUUUGGAUUCGUUGUGACGCCUUCUCCUGCCCCUGGUGUCAAUGAGUCCCCGCUGAUGACCUGGGGGGAGGUUGAGAACACCCCGUUGAGAGUAGAAGGCUCCGAGACACCCUACGUGGACAGGACUCCUGGGCCAGCCUUCAAGAUCUUAGAGCCGGGCCGCAGGGAGCGGCUGGGGCUGAAGAUGGCCAAUGAGGCAGCUGCCAAGAACCGAGCCAAGAAGCAGGAGGCCUUGAGGAGAGUGACGGAAAAUCUGGCCAGCCUCACCCCCAAAGGCUUGAGCCCAGCCAUGUCCCCCGCCCUGCAGCGCCUUGUGAGCAGGACGACCAGCAAGUACACAGACCGCGCCCUGAGGGCCAGCUACACACCGUCUCCAGCACGCUCCACCCUCCUCAAGACCCCCGCCAGUGGGCCGCAGACCCCCACGAGCACACCGGCCCCUGGCUCGGCCACACGCACACCACUCACACAGGAUCCAGCUUCUAUCACAGACAACCUGCUGCAGCUCCCCGCCCGGCGCAAAGCCUCUGAUUUUUUUUAGGGUUGGGCCCGGGCCAGGCCUGCGGACACUUACAGAGCCUGCUGGGCAGCUCUGCUCAGUGGAGAGAGGACUCCAGCCGCCAGGGACCCAGGCCCGGGCCAGCAGCAGUGGGAGCAUGAUGACUGCAGCGGACAGUGCCUGUACCUGCCCAGUGGCACUGGCCCAUUCUGCAGGGGUGCUGUGCCCUGAGCCCUCCUGGAACUCUUUUCUAUGGAGCUACCCCCAGGCUGUUAUUAAAGAACAGCUGGCUGGCUCAGGGGGAACCUCCUUUCCUGCUCCUUGCAUUUGCUCUGUCAGGGAAAACUAGGAGAAAUCCUCAGGUUGGGCCCCUGCUGUUCCCCAGGUGUCCUGGGCACUCUGGGCUGGUCUACAAAGUUGAGGGACACUACCCACUGAGCCUAAGACCUCAGUCUACCUGCCAUGCCCUUCUUUCCUUGGGCAUCCACUGGCAGUUCCCUGGAUUCUGAGCCCCCGCCCCAGCCUGGCCCUCCAGCCCUGGACUCUAACCCCCUCUCCUCCCCGCCCCCGUCCCGAGUACUGACUCUGGGGCCUGGUCCAGGGCCCACACCUUAGCCCAACAGUCCACAGUAGGAUCAUUGUGCCCUGGAACCCACAGCAAGGAACACUGCGAGGGGCAGGAGGUGGCGCUUUGGGAGUCCUCAGGCAGUAGGGAAGCAGAGGCCUGUGGAAGGAAGGGGAAGAGCUGCUGUCCAGGAGCUGGCUGUCUCCAGCGGGCGUGGCCUGCACAGCAGGGCAUUCCCCUGGUCAUCCCCUGGAAGCCAUGGGUGACCAGAGAAGCACAGGACCUUGGCCAGGGCGCCAUCAGCCAGUGCUGCUAUCGGAGCCUGCCAGGCUC